UCCUUGACUGGCCUGUUCGUAGAUUGGCUGCGGAAGCUGGUUUCUUAUUCGCUGCUGCUGCCAUCUUGUGGUUGGCAGAGGCCUCUCUUUCCCAUUGGCCACCGCGGUUAUACUUGCGGCAUUCAGUGUGAUUGCACGGCUCCGGGGUGCAGGAUGCCUGGGCACAGAUUGGUCUUGGUGUUAGGAGAUCUACAUAUCCCACAUCGAUGUAAUAGUUUGCCAGCAAAAUUCAAAAAAUUGCUUGUUCCUGGGAAGAUCCAGCAUAUUUUAUGCACUGGGAAUCUCUGUACCAAGGAGAGCUAUGACUACCUCAAGACACUGGCCGGGGAUGUUCACAUCGUCAGAGGAGACUUUGAUGAGAACUUAAACUACCCAGAACAAAAAGUGGUGACUGUUGGGCAGUUCAAGAUUGGCCUAAUCCAUGGCCACCAGGUCAUUCCCUGGGGUGACAUGGCUAGCCUGGCGAUAUUGCAGAGACAGCUUGAUGUAGACAUAAUGGUUUCCGGACAUACACAUAAAUUUGAAGCAUUUGAGCAGGAAAACAAGUUUUAUAUUAACCCUGGAUCUGCCACAGGAGCUUACCAUGGCUUAGAUAGCAACAUCAUUCCUUCCUUUGUACUCAUGGAUAUCCAAGCAUCAACAGUAGUUACCUACGUGUACCAGUUAAUUGGGGAUGAUGUGAAGGUAGAGAGAAUUGAGUACAAGAAGUCCUGAAAUUGAUGUUUUUAUGGCCUUUAUUCUUCAUUCCCAUUUAUUAUUAAAUCAGUCUUCACCUCCAGUUAUCAUAAGCCUUGUAUUCCUAAUUGCAUUGUAAGGCCAUUUUUCGUUCUUCACUGAUGUAGUUUUAAUGUAAACAAUACAGUGAUGAUUUAUUAGUUUACAUGUCAUAAGAUAAGUGUGCCACACUGAAUAACUGUGUAAAAAGGAAACCAUUUGUAAAUAUAACAUAACAUUUAAUGUUGACAUUCACUGAUAUGUUACCAU